AUGGGCCGUUCCCUGAAGCCGAUUGCCAGGCGGGGAGGGGAUCGAAGGUGUUUUCGCACGGUUGGCGGCUCUGGAAGCUUCGGCGGAUCGGGCUCCAGCGGCUCUGGAAGCUUCGGCGGAUCUGGCAGCUGGCACCAUUCUGGCUCUUUUGGAUCUGGCUAUGGCCAUUCUGGCUCGUAUGGAUCUGGCAGCUGGCACCAUUCUGGCUCCUUUGGAUCUGGCUACGGUCAUUCUGGCUCCUAUCGAAGCUACCACCACUCUGGCUCCUUUGGAUCUGGCUACGGCCAUUCUUAUGGAUCCAGCUACUCCUCUGGAUCUGGCCUUCCUGGCGGAGAUUCCAGCUCUUGGACACCCUCAAGCUCCCACCAUGUCAUUGUCGGAGGAGACGAGAGCUCUUGGGCACCAUCAAGCUCUAGCAGUGUCAUCGUCGGAGGAGACGAGAGCUCUUGGGCACCAUCAAGCUCCAGUGCCAUUGUUGGCGGAGAUUCAAGCUCUUGGGCACCCUCAAGCUCCCAUCAUGUCAUCGUCGGAGGAGACGAGAGCUCUUGGGCACCAUCAAGCUCCAGUGCCAUUGUUGGCGGAGACUCAAGCUCUUGGGCACCCUCAAGCUCCCAUCAUGUCAUUGUCGGAGGAGACGAGAGCUCUUGGGCACCAUCAAGCUCCAGUGCCAUUGUUGGCGGAGAUUCAAGCUCUUGGGCACCCUCAAGCUCCCAUCAUGUCAUUGUCGGAGGAGACGAGAGCUCUUGGGCACCAUCAAGCUCCAGCAGUGCCAUUGUUGGGGGAGAUUCGAGCUCUUGGGCACCGACAUCGCACACUGUGGUCGGAAGAUCAGAGACGGGUACUACCGAUCGCGGCAGCUCUGGCCACGAGUUCAGCAGCUACGGCGGCGGCCGUUACGGAGGGUAUGGUGGCCACCAUUACACAACACAUAGCUACAGCAGCCCAGGCUAUGGCUACAGCCACCGUAGCUAUGGCCACUAUGGCAGCCAUGGCUACGGUAGCCACAGCUAUGGCAGCUACGGCAGCGGUGGCGGCAGCUACAGCAGCGGAGGCGGCAGCUACAGCAGCGGUGGUGGCAGCUACAGCAGCGGCGGUGGCUACAGCAGCGGCGGUGGCUACAGCAGCGGUGGCGGCAGCUACAGCAGCGGCGGUGGCAGCUACAGCAGCGGCGGUGGCAGCUACAGCAGCGGCGGUGGGAGUGGCAUCUCAGGUGGUGUGUCGGAUGAGAAUGGAAUCACCUCAUGCGGCAGUGGAACUGUGCACCAAUGCCCAGCUGACUGGAAGACACCGGGCAACGCGGGUGGCUACCACUGUCUGCACAAGUUGGCAAGGCAGACCUCUGAGACUGCCUACCAGAAGUCUGGUGGUGCUUGCCGCCCUGCUGGUCAUGGACCUUUCCCCCAGAGCGAUUGCCAAGUUGAGAACUUAGCAUUGGUGGCCACUCGCGGCUGUUGGUUCAACCCCAAACUGAAGGGAGUGUCUGGAAGAUGA